UAAGGGCGCCCUCUGCGCCCCCAGCCUGGCUCCCGCAGUGCAUUUCGGGAAGAGAACUUUGCCUUGCCGGCCAGUCAGCCACACGGCGCAUGCUCGGGAAGGCCUCACAAACGGGGCGGCGGCGCAUGCGCCGUGGGGCUGCCCGGCAGUGAGAGGCUGCGAGCCGCGGCGGGGCGAAGCGGGGGGGGAUAAGCCGCGCUGGGAGCCGGGGGCUCGCGUAGAUGUGCUCGCCGGCGGAGACGCUUCCCGGGCCGGCCCCGGAGGGGGACCUGCCCCCGGAGUGGGAGUCGGACGAGGAGCGUAUGGCCUUCCUGUUCUCGGCCUUCAAGCAGAGCCGGGAGGUGAACAGCACCGAGUGGGACAGCAAGAUGGGCUUCUGGGCCGAGCUGGUGCUGGGCCGGGGCCGCCGCCGGGGGGCGGUGCGGACCUGCCUGCGGGAGCUGCAGCAGGCCUUCGAGCGCCGCGGCAGCGUCCCGCUGGGGCUGGGCACCGUGCUCCGCGAGCUGCUCAGACGUGGCAAACUGCAGAGGGAGUCAGACUUCAUAGCAAGCGUAGACAGCAGCUGGAUCUCAUGGGGUGUGGGAAUCUUCAUUCUGAAGCCCCUGAAAUGGACCCUGUCAAGUGUGCUGGGUGACAGUAAAGUGCCUGAGGAGGAGGAAGUGCUGAUUUUUGUGGAGCUGCUUCAGGAAAAGGCAGAGGAAGUGUAUCGCCUCUAUCAGAAUUCUGCACUCUCUUCCCACCCUGUUGUUGUCCUCUCAGAAUUGCGCUCACUCUGUGCCAGCAUAUGUCCGGAUGAGAGGACAUUCUAUCUACUGCUGCUCCAGCUGCAGAAGGAAAAGAGGGUCACGGUCAUGGAGCAGAAUAGAGAGAAGAUAGUGAAGUUUGCCCGAGGUCUGCAUGCCAAAGUAUCCCCAGUGAAUGAUGUGGACAUCGGGGUCUAUCAGCUGAUGCAGAGUGAGCAGCUACUAUCACAGAAGGUGGAGUCCCUUUCCCAGGAAGCGGAGAGGUGUAAAGAAGAUGCCCGGAUCGCUUGUAGAGCUGGCAAAAAGCAGUUGGCACUGAGAUAUUUGAAGUCCAAGCGAAGGACAGAGCGGCGGAUUGAAGAGCUCCUUUCCAAGCUGGAUGCAGUUCAAGGCAUCUUGGAUCGUAUAUAUGCUUCUCAGACAGAUCAGAUGGUGUUCAAUGCCUACCAGGCUGGAGUAGGAGCUCUGAAACUGUCCAUGAAAGAUGUCACUGUGGAGAAGGCAGAGAACCUGGUGGAUCAGAUUCAGGAGCUUUGUGACACCCAGGAUGAAGUCGUUCAGGCUCUGGCAGGAAUGUCGAUCAAUGGCUUGGCAGAGGUUGACAGUGAAGAACUUGAGAAGGAACUGGAUAGUCUCCUCCAGGACUCCACUAAAGAGCCUUUGGACCUGCCUCCUGUUCCCCAGAAGCCUCUACUUCCCAGCAUCUCUGAUACUGAGCUUGAAGCAGAGUUGGAGAAGGAGGAUGGAGGUUUGGCACAAAAGACUGCUUCUACAUAUUCUGAACCCAAAAGAGCCCUGGGACUGGGUCUCUAACAGUGUCCUGCUGCUGUAAUUUGAGAAGUUGUCUUAAGCUUGCUUAACUAGUGACAGUAACUUUAAAAAGUAACUUUUGGAGUGUGGGCUAAUGCCCCCCUCUUUACCGGAUAUCACGUCGCUAAACAACAGGAUCUACUGCCAUGACAAUCCACCCUUUCUGGAACUGAUCCUAGCUGGUGUUGCUGUCGUCUCUUUAGUGUCAAUAUCUACACUGGUCUCAGUUUGACUUGUUAUCCCAAGUCGCCUACGAUGUUCACUCUUGCCAAUGAGCUCUGUCUUCCCUGCAGGAUUACAAUUCCUGAGCUCACUUACUUCAUAACAAUCCUCAGUUUUGCUAUGGCCAGCGUUGAGGAGACCCUGAAACGCAGUAGGAUCACAGCUGCUUGACCUCUGGCUGUUUGUGUGGUUGUGUAAAACGUUUGGCACAUAACAUAGGUACCGUUCUUGACAGUCAUCUGUCUGCAGCAAGCUUACACACAUGUUGAUAGUACUGUCUAUCUUCCCUUGUUUGUAUUUGCACGAUUGUGGUCAACAAGACCAAUAACUCUUUUAUUGUAUGAGCCUUGUUGCCACUAGGGGGCAGCAAUUGCCAGCACAAGAUGAAAUUUACUCCUCUUUCUGUAAUACACUAAGGCCUUGAAAGGAGACCUGCAAAGGGUUUUUAAAAUGAAGGUGUUGCGUUUUAGGCUGCGUGAUGAUAAAGGCCAGCAAUGUUUA